AUGCAGUAUGUGCCAUUAAGAACAAAAUAUAAGGUUGGCACUCGACAAAGUGAAUUAGCCCUUGUUCAAACUGAAAGUGUUAUCGAACAAUUGCAUAAAUUUUAUCCGCAUAUUGAUUAUGAAGUAAUUAAAAUUAAAACUAUCGGAGAUAAAAAUCUGUUAGAUCCACUUGCAAAUAUUGGUGAUAAAGGUUUAUUUACUAAAGAACUUGAAGUUGAACUUGAUCGAAAUAAUAUUGAUUUUGUUGUUCAUUCAUUAAAAGAUGUUCCAUCAACUGUUUUACCACCAAAUAUGAUCAUUGGUGCAAUACUUGAACGUGCUGAUCCUCGUGAUGCUGUUGUUAUUGCUCCAUGGCAUAAAAAAAAUUCUUUAAAUGAUUUACCACAUGGUAGUGUUAUUGGUACAAGUUCAACACGUCGUAUAGCACAAUUGAAAUUAAAUUAUCCACAAUUUAUAUAUAAAAAUAUACGUGGAAAUAUGAAUACACGUUGGGAAAAAUUAAAUAAUCGAGAACUUGGAUAUGAUGCAAUGAUUGCAGCUGUUGCUGGUUUACAACGAUUAAAAUGGACAGAGAGAAUUAGUGAAAUAAUUGAACCUGAACGGGUUCUUUAUGCAAUUGGACAAGGUGCAUUAGGAAUUGAAUGUCGACAUAAUGAUAUUGAUACUAUUCGAAUGUUAUCUGUACUGAAUCAUGAACCAACUGUUCUACGAUGUAUUGCAGAACGAGCCUUUCUAAGACGAAUUGGCGGUGGUUGUAGUAUUCCGAAUGCCGUACGUACGGUGUAUAAUGAUAAAGGAUUAAUUAUGGAUGGUAUUUUACUUAAUCUUGAUGGAUCACGUUUUGUAAAAGAUCAUGUUGAGAAUUCUGAUUUAACUGUACCAAUGACAACAACAUUUUUAGUUUCGCAUUCAGAUGAUGAACUUUUAUCACUUGACGAUGAAACACAAUCAACGAAUGGAUCUUUAAAUCGAUCGAAUUUAAAAAGAAAACGGACUGAAUCAGAUAUUGAUUCCGUGCUAACUCCUCCACCAGCGCCAAUACAACCACCUUCACCACCACUUUCAGCAACUUCAUCAACAACUCCAUCAUUAACAAUAGGAACAAUAGCAUCACCAUCAUCAUCAUCAACAACGACAACAACAACAACAGCAGAAGGUGUACCUUUGCUUCGUCAUUAUGCUCAUGUAUGUGGUGUGAAUAUAGAUGAAACAGUAUUAGAAAAUGCGGAAUUAUGUGGUACAAAUCUUGCAGUGAAACUCAUGCAAAUGGGUGCCGACAGUAUAUUAGAAGAAAUACACCAAAGUUCAAUUAUUAUUCCUACUCCAUAG